AUGGUGUCAGUCGUACUGACUUUAAAGGGAGGAGCCGGCGCCAGCGUGCGACAGGAGCACUUUGGAAACCGGAGGAAGACAGGAUCUUAUUGGCCCACGUGGCAAGGCAUGGCACAAAGAAGUGGAGGCAUAUCAAGUCCAUGGGUCUGCUCCCCACGCGAAACCACAAGGCGUGCUGUAACCGCUUCAUCGUUCUUACCAGGUACACACGGUUCUGCUUUGACGCACGACUCUGCUUUUACGGCUCUGUGCAUUGGAGUGGCGUGA